CUGCUGUUAAUAAUGACUUAAAUUUGACAAGUAAUAUAACUGAAUUAGACCGAAAACCUCACAAUAAAGUAAACUCAAAUAAUACAGUUCACACUAAUAUUAACUUUGUGAAUAAUAUAACGGUAGAACUAAAAAAUGUUAGUUAUUCUAGUAAUAUGAAAGUAAAAAAUUCAUCCCAUAUAAUUAAUCAAACGAAAAAAAUAAACAACACUUCUGAAUUUGUUAAAAAUACACAUCUAAACACAAAUAAUUCUUUGAUAGUUACUCCAAAACCAACCGUCCAACAUAAUUCAACUAUGAAAAACAAAAACACUCUUAAACAAACACCUAUUAACUCCCAAAAAAUUAACAAAAAUAAAACAACGAAUACAACAGCUACAUUACGAACUCAAAAACCAAAAAUUAAAAGAGUAUCGACAACAAAAAGACCAGUGACAUAUAGCACAAAACCACCAUUCAGAAUUCAAUUAGGUAAAUCUACUCCUACCCACAGACCACAUAAAAAAACUACCCCCUCUACCAUUACAAUUCAUUUGACAAAACCCACCACCAAAAUACCUCGAAGACGUGUAUCAAAUUUCGCAACAACGGCUAAACCAAAAACUCUGCGGAAUAAUAACAGAAAUAAGACGAAAAGAAAACCAGUGAGGAGAAUUGUGAAGAAGCCGGGCGAUCAUGCUUCUUUGCAAGAUUUCAAACAAAAUUGGGCUGAUGUCCCUGUACCAAAUCCAAUGCCAGAAAUAUCAUCUCAUUCACCACAAUUUUCCAUUGGGGAUGUGUCCAAUGGUGCUAUCGAUUUAUCAAACGCUGGUGUUUUGGAUGACUCCAUCUUUGUGGAUACCCCAAGUGAAGAACCCCCCUUAAGGAACCCGAAUCCUCUUAACACCUUCACUUUGGAUAUGAUACCGGAUUCCACAAAGCAGAGUGACGGUUCCGGCUGUCCAACAGUUCACAUAGCCAGUAACGUUUUAAAUCCCUCUUUUAGACAAGAAUGUUCCGACUUGAAUUUAGUCAUAAACUCGCAUAUUCAUCAAAACAGUAUCACAGACAGAACACCCUUAAGCCCACCAGUUGACACUUAUGAUUCAGAAGCGGUGGAAGCUCCUAUUGAGGAUGUUCCGAUUGAGGAAGCGCCAAUCGAAGAGAGUCCUUUAGACGUUGCAAACAGCGCACCGAUCGCGCCUGCAGCCAGUCCUGCUUCUGGUGGUACGGGAGGUAGUGGAGGAAGUGGUGGAAGUGGCGGAGGACAUAAUCCGCUUAGUGGAUUUUCUCUGCCUGACUUGAAGGGCUUGAUGAAAGCUCUUGGUUGGUUGUGGGAGGGACUCGGAGGAAUAUUAAAGUUUCUUUCUAAUCCGUAUCUUUACAUUGUUCCCAUAACAAUUUUCUUCUUGUUGGGAUUUCUGACAAUGUUAGCACUGUUCCCUUGGUGGAUCCCCUUACUUCUUCUAUUGUUGGGAAUAAAGGCAAAGAAGAACGAUAAAAGCAAUGUUACUUAUUACAAACAUGUACAUAAACCUGUCCAUCAUCCAGACGGUUGGUUUUGGAACCAUCAGACGAAAACUUGGCAAAAUGUAGCAGAUUAUUUGCAUCACAGACGUGUGAGUUUAGAAGAUCAAUCUAAUAUUGCAAAUAUACCGCAUGUAAUUAAAAAUUUUGCAAAUAAAUAUGACCAAACAGAUGAUGGGUGGAAAUGGCGAAGACGCUACAAAUAACAAGACAGUUUUGAAUUUGUAUAUAUGUAAAUGUGAACAUUUUGCUAAUGCAUAGAACUUAUUUUAUGAUAAUCAAAUAUUUAUAAUUAUUCAUAAUUUUAAUACAGUUCUCAACUAAUUAUUUCUUAAGUAUAUUCUUUUAAUAGUUCUAAAUCUAAAUAUCAUUUGUGUAAUUGUAAGGAUCAUUUCAAGUGGAGACUCGUAGACAUAUUAAUAAAAAAGAACACAUGUGAGAAAACAAAGUCACACAUCAGUAAAAUUGAAAUAAAUAUGUAUUCAAAAAUGAUACAUAUGUCAAAAUAUAAAAAAGUAAAUUUCAAUUUUACAAAUGUGUCAUAAUACUAUUUUUCUAAUGUGGUCAGAAAUGAUAUUAUUAGCAGUAAUUUAUUAGUCCAAAUAAUAGUAUUAAUAGAAGUUUUAAACAUUGUUUAUAUAAGGUAUAAGGCCUUAUUUGAUUUGUUAACAGGAAAUACUAAAUUUAUUUCCUGCUAUCGAACUGCUUAACAAUUAUAUUCAAUAUACAUACAUCUAUGGACAAGUUAAAUGAAUUUUGAUAUUCUAGUCAAGUGAAUUUAUUGGGAAGUCUUAAAAACUCUCUGUGAUUUGGAAAAAGGGUAAUUCACCAAUUUUUUUGUCUUCUUAUUUAUUUAUAUAUUUUAUCCUUUUGUAUGUUUGUGAUGUUUCUUUGUAUUUAUUUCACUAACCACGAAAAUGUAAUAAAAAUAUA